AUGAUCUUCAUGCUGCCGCUUUGGUUCGAGCCGAUACUCAAACUCGACCCUAUCAUAUCCGGCGCGUUGCUUAGCGCAUGCACGCUGGCCAUGGUGCUAUUCGCCGUUGUCGCCAGCAUAAUAUUGUGCUACAUCAGCCAUAUUUGGCUUAUUCUGGCUGGCUGGGCGCUUUUCGUCGCGGGUAUGGCACUCCUGAGUGCAACCACCACAGAGACAGUAGUAGUCAUCUUCGUCCGAAUCGGCUUGCUUGCUGGUGCUGGAUUUGGCAUACUCUACCCGGCAUUGAAGGUCGCCGUCCAAUGCGACGCGACCACCGACGACGAAACUAUCCACGCAGUGCCAUUACAGGGCUUCUUCAGCACUAUCGGACAGUGCUUCGGUAUUGCUGCUGGAAGCUGCGUCUUCUUGAAUUGGCUUGAAAGCAGCCUCCGAAGAAGUGAUCUCACGCUCGAUCACGCAGAAGAGUAUGCCAGGGAUGCAGUGAGUCUUGCGAACACCGUCGCUCAAAUGCCGAACUCACGUAACGAGCUCCAGGCGACAUUGGCUGCGAGCUACGGAUACGGUGUGAGAUGGGUGUGGAUCAGCCUGUGCAUCAUCGCAGGCAUUGCAUUACUGCUCAGUCUGGUCUUCGUCAAGCAAGGUCGUCGAAAUUCACAGCGCCGAAGAUCACGGCGGUCUCUGCCAGAGGCGUUCGAGUUCGCAGCAUGA